AUGUCCCACCUUUCGGUGCCUGAUGCAGUUGCUGGCAGAAUGGCCACGAUUAUGGGGGCCUUCCGGCAUUACGGACGUCCCUUGGAGGGCGAUGGUGAUCUUGCCCAAAAGGUUGGGCCGGAGAUGUUCACUUUUGAUGUCCCGGGCCAGAACGUUUUGUUCGUGGGAUGCAACAUCAAGGGGCCGAGCUUUGUCCAUGAUCCCAACUAUGCCAACCAGGCCACGAUGUGUCAUGGCACAAGUUUUGCCUCGGUGAUUGGCGUGGCCCAAUGUGGAGAAAUCACUGUGGGGGACAAUCGUGAAGACGGUUUCCCGGCUUAUGGAUUUUCUGCUCGGGGUGCCCUCGUGGGGUACUCGAAAGAUUCCAUGGUGGCUGCUGUGAAGAAGACAGCGAGCCGGGCUAAGUCCCUCGGAGGGGCUAUGUUGGUGGUGGAAGCUGAGCUCCCGGGUCCCACUCCUCAGGUGGAAGGUGGGCACGAUUACCUCCACUCGGCAUGCCGAGACUCGGGCUCGGUACGCUCGGGUGAGCAUUUUCUGCUCUCGCCCAAGCAUGUUGUGCUUCGCGGCAUAGCAGUGGGGUGGCCUCGCUGA